GGGAGAGUGGCGGGGUAAAACAGCGCGGCUACACCGUCUCACACACACACACAAACACACUCCACGCUGCGCAAUUACGCGGACUUUUCCUGACCGUUUCAAGGAUUUUUCAACAGAAAGCUCAAAUGCAGCUGCAAAGAGAGUCGACGCUGUGACAUGACCGCGGUGCUCUGAGCACGUCUCACGCUAUUUUACCCCCUUUUUUCUGUCUAGAUCGUUCUCUUUCUUCUCUAAAAUUGGCUCCCGUACAAACAGCCGCGUUGGAUCCGUCGGCGUACUGCGAGACUCCGGUCUACAAUCCGGAUCUCUGCCCGAACAUGAUCGCCGCCCAGGCUAAGCUGGUCUACCACCUCAACAAAUACUACAACGAGAAAUGCCAGUCUCGGAAGGCGGCCAUCUCCAAGACCAUCCGGGAGGUGUGCAAGGUGGUGUCGGACGUCCUGAAGGAGGUGGAGGUCCAGGAGCCGCGCUUCAUCAGCUCCCUCAGCGAGAUGGACAACCGCUUCGAGGGGCUGGAGGUCAUCUCUCCCACCGAGUUCGAAGUGGUGCUCUACCUCAACCAGAUGGGCGUCUUCAACUUCGUGGAUGACGGCUCGCUGCCGGGCUGCGCCGUGCUGAAGCUCAGCGACGGCCGCAAACGGAGCAUGUCCCUGUGGGUCGAGUUCAUCACCGCCUCCGGGUACCUCUCCGCGCGCAAGAUCCGCUCCCGCUUCCAGACCCUGGUGGCGCAAGCGGUGGACAAGUGCAGCUACAGAGACGUGGUCAAGAUGGUGGCGGACACCAGCGAGGUCAAGCUGCGCAUCAGGGACAGAUACGUGGUGCAGAUCACCCCCGCCUUCAAGUGCACCGGGAUCUGGCCCCGGAGCGCGGCGCACUGGCCCCUGCCGCACAUCCCGUGGCCGGGGCCCAACCGGGUCGCGGAGGUCAAGGCGGAGGGAUUCAACCUUUUAUCCAAAGAGUGCUACUCGUUGAACGGGAAGCAGAGUUCGGCGGAGAGCGACGCCUGGGUGCUGCAGUUCGCCGAGGCCGAGAACCGACUGCUGCUGGGCGGCUGCAGGAAGAAGUGUCUCUCGGUGCUCAAGGCUUUGCGGGACCGGCACCUGGAGCUGCCGGGCCAGCCGCUCAACAACUACCACAUGAAGACUUUGGUUUCCUACGAGUGCGAGAAGCACCCGCGGGAGUCGGACUGGGACGAGAACUGCCUGGGAGACCGUCUGAACGGGAUUCUAUUGCAGCUGAUUUCCUGUUUGCAGUGCCGGAGGUGCCCGCACUACUUCCUCCCGAACCUUGACCUCUUCCAAGGAAAGCCCCACUCGGCGCUAGAGAACGCGGCCAAACAGACUUGGCGACUGGCGAGAGAAAUACUCACCAACCCCAAAAGCUUGGAGAAACUCUGAGAGGUAAAACAAGACCGCUCACAGGCCUAAACGGACACAAAUAUUCCCGACACAUUCUGUGAGUUUCCUCUGCUGUCUUUUCCUGUCCUUAUUUCUACGUUGACCUUCUCAUCAUUUGCACCUUUUACGCGCGUGUCAAUAUUUAAAUUAUUGGCUACCAUUAACCGACGUUAUUUUUUUAUUAUUAUCACCCCCCUAAAAAAAGAAUAAAACGCACUCAUCUGUACAUUUUUCUACUGUAAAUACAUUUGUGACUCCAGUGGUAUGAAAAUUGUGAAUGUUGUUCUGUGACACCUGUUCAAAUCUCAGCAUUUCUUUUAGCGACAGUUUUAUUUAUACAUCAGUGCUAGUCGAACCCUUUUUUUUAAAUGGGCGUUUUGGUGAUUUGUUUUUAUAAAAGAAACUACAUUCCAACGACUUUACUUGAAUUAUUAUUUAAAUUACUCGUGUUUUAGGCCAACAUGAUGAAAAAAAAUAACGUAUAUUAUAAAAUCUAUAUAUUACAGUUUUUAAUUGAGAAGAAAAAAUGCACUUGAAUACACUGGAUUAACAUCUGUGAUCUGUUUCUGUCUUUCAUCUAAUUUAAAGAGCUAAUAAAACGAGUUGUUAUAUAUA